UAUCCCGGUGGGGGCAUAUUCGGCUAGAAACCAGACAGGUUCCCCUCCAUUCUUGACCAGGCCUUAACACGCCCCCCCAUCGCCCCUUUUUUUCGGGACGGACAGAAUGAGGUUCCUCCCCUGGACAGUAGGCACCUUAUUGCUGAGUGCCCACAUUUGGGGGCACAAGAAGGUACCUUGAUUAACCAGCCAACUGGAGAUGUUGGAAGUUGUAUUCUCACCUUUCUGAAGUGCCUGAAACCUUCACUCUUGCCUGACUAAAUCACUAUCACCAUGGGGGAAAGGAAAGGAGUCAACAAGUAUUACCCACCUGAUUUUGAUCCAGCCAAGCAUGGCUCCCUUAACAAAUAUCGCAAUAGCCAUCCACUGCGGGAAAGAGCUCGUAAACUCUCCCAGGGCAUCCUCAUCAUCAGAUUUGAGAUGCCCUAUAACAUUUGGUGUGAUGGCUGCCAGAAUCACAUUGGAAUGGGUGUUCGCUAUAAUGCGGAGAAGAAGAAGGUCGGUAAUUAUUACACCACUCCUAUUUUCAGGUUCCGUAUGAAGUGCCACCUUUGCCCCAACUACAUUGAAAUGCAGACCGAUCCUGCCAGUUGUGACUAUGUCAUUGUCACUGGUGCCCGGCGUAAGGAAGAGCGCUGGGAUGCUGCAGCUAGCGAACAAGUAGUGGCCACAGCCCAUGAGGAGAAGCAGAAGCUGGAGACAGAUGCUAUGUAUCGAUUGGAGCACGGCACACAGGAUCAGAGCAAGCUUCAGCGAGCUCUCCCUACCCUCCAGAAUAUUCAGGAGGCUCAAAGUGCCUGGAAGGAUGAUUUCGCGCUCAACAGCCGCCUUCGGCGGAAAUUCAGGGAAGAGAAGAAAGUUCUGCAAGAAGAAGAGAAAAAAGACCUUUCUUUGCAGGCAAGAGCAAAUUUAAGCAUCCCACUUGUGCAGGAAGCUGAAGAAGAUCGGCAUCUGGCAGCACUCCUCAAAUACCAGAGUCUUGACUCCUACGAAGACAAGCAGAAACAAAAACGCAAUGAGAUUGUGGAUCGCCCAUGGUUCUCAAGUACCAAAACCAAUGACACCCUGAAAAAGUUGGCAUUUGUUGGAAAAUCUCCAUCUAGCAAGUCCCUUGUACCUCUGAACAGCCUGGGUGUCGUGUGUCGGAAAUCUAGGGAUACCAAGCAAACAUCCAGUGAAGGAGAGACCUUUGAUGCCCCAGCACAAGUCAACAGGCAGGACAGUGGAACAAAUGAAAUGUUAUUUGACUCUUCCGGACCUUCAGGCGGCUCCCAAAAGCCUGAGGGGAGGAGUCCUCCCUCUAGUUUUGCUGCUUCUCUGGUUGCAGAUUAUUCAGACUCUGCAUCUGGUUCAGAAGCUGAACUUUGAACUGAGUUUAUGGAUAGAGAGAAAAUAUGGCCGGAAAUGGUGUGCAAAUCAGUGUCUUUUUUCCCUCCAAACAACAAAGGUACUCUUUGCAGUUGGUAUAUGAAGCAAUUGGAAUAUGUGAAUAGAAACGUCUGUGAGUCUGUGUGUGAGAAAGAGAGAGCGCGAGCAUUCCAUGGCCAACUACAUUUUCUUAUAUCUUCUGCACUUGUUCCCCAAUUAUUUAAACAUAAACCCAUUGUUUUGUCCCAAGUUCCAUAAAAUAAACAGUGCUAUCUCCUUAGCCUUUCUUUGUCGUACUCAAAAUACAGUAUAACAGUUAUAUGCUAUUAAUUAUAGGAACUGUCUGUGCCAGGACGGGGGAAAGAUAAAAUGAAGGAUCAUCUAGAUUAGUAUUUCAUAAACCUUUUUUGCUCUCAGCUUUUGUUUGGGUUACACUGGUAUUUACCAUAUUAAAAUUUUCAUAUAAUGGCUUAAUUGGGUUCAUAUAGCAAGCUUAUUUGGUUUUAGCAUAAUCAUAUUUGUAAAGAACAGCCUUCUGCAGCUGAGUUGUACCUAGUAACUUAACAUAUCCAUGGGUUUUUUUCUAGAAGGAAUAUGGAAAUGUUUCCCUUCUGGCAAUUUUUUUUUAUUUCUAAGGACCUGGGAUAUGUUGGAAAAUUCCCAUUCAAGCACUAAUCAAGCUAGAUCCUGUUUAGCUGCUUGGCCCAGCAAGCCAACCAGAUGCUGAGUUGAGUUCCAAUGCUGUUUGUAAACCAUGGUUAAAAACUUCCUGUAUAGUACAGAUACCACCUCACCG